AUGAUGCAGACCACAUUUGCCUUGCGGCGACAGACCAUAGUGAUGUCCUGCCCACCAGUCAAACAGCUCUUGGACCUGUGGCCUGCUCUUCGCAUGCAGUCUGAGGUGUUUGCAGAAUUCCAGCGGAUAACCAACCAGAACCUGCCUAACACAUUCUACGCCGAAAUUGAUCGCCACACUCCUCGUUUGAUGGCUUUAUUCCGACAAAAGGCUUCUAGAACUGGAAAGAAUGCAGAUGCUUUAGCCGGAAAUUUCAAAAUCCAUGAUGAACAGGAUGGUUUGGAUGAGCCAGAUAUUGGGGAUGCCUCAGUUGCUCUACUUACAACCAUCAGCGACAAUUCAAUGAGUCGAGUUCACUACCAACCAGAGAAAAUCUCAGUUGUCCUAGAGGGUGAUGUGGUGGCCACCCUCCCAAGACUCGCUGAUGCCUUUCUGCUGUUAAUGUUCAAAUUGCUGCUCUAUAAGUUGUCAAGCACUUGUUGCUACCUCACUGGAAAUGGAAUCCAGCUUAGGCCUGUGUUCACCAAACAACCUGGCAGCGUGGUGUUCCCCCUUCAAGCUGGCGAGAACCGCAGAGAGGUGGUGUUUAGCUGUGAGGCCCAGGGACACCCCCUGCCCUUCUACAGGUGGAAGCUAAAUGACUCUUUCAUCCUGCCGAGACCAGGGUCACGUCACUUUCUCAUGGGAGGAAACUUACACAUCAGCCAUCUGAAUAAAGAGGAAGAUGUUGGCGUCUAUCAGUGCCAGGCAUCAAACUCUUUUGGAACCAUCGUCAGCAGAGAGUCCAGUCUGCACGUAGCAUACUUGGAGAACUUCAAGACGCAGAGGAGAAGUCCAGUGAGGGUUCGUGAGGGUCAAGGAGUGGUUUUACUGUGUGGCCCGCCACCGUACUCUGGAGAGCUUACCUUCACAUGGAUUUUCAACGAGUACCCAUCGUUUAUCAUCCAGGACACGCGGCGAUUUGUGUCCCAGAAGACCGGCAACCUCUACAUCGCCAAAGUGGAGCCGUCUGAUGUGGGCAACUACACAUGUGUAGUCACCAACACCGUCACCAAGAGCAGCGUGCAAGGACCGCCAACCCCCCUAGUGCUGCGGGUCGAUGGUGUGAUGGGUGAAUAUGAGCCAAAGAUCGAAGUUCAGUUCCCUGAAGUCGUCCCCGUUGCGAAGAGCUCAACUGUCAAACUGGAAUGCUUUGCACUCGGAAACCCGGUGCCAACCAUCAGCUGGAGAAGAGUGGAUGGAGCCUCUUUUGGCAGGAAGGUGGACAUUAAUAAAGCCAGCGGCGUUUUAGAGAUCCCUUACUUCCAGCAGGAGGAUGCCGGGAUAUACGAAUGUGUAGCUGAAAACAGCAGAGGAAGAAACUUGGUUAAAGGGAAACUGUCUUUCUAUGCUGCACCUCACUUGACCGAGAAGCCUCAGGAUGUUCAGAAGACCAUAGAUGACACUCUGGUGUGGGAGUGUAAAGCCAGCGCCAAGCCCAAACCUUCGUACCGCUGGCUGAAGAACGGAGAGCCCCUGGAUCCCAUGGAGCAGGACAGAGUUCAGGCGAAUAAUGGAGUGCUGACAAUCAAUAACUUGAAUCUGGCUGACAUCGGCAUGUACCAGUGUGUGGCAGAGAACAAGCAUGGCCGAAUAUUCACCAACGCAGAGCUGCGAGUCAUAGCCAUCGCUCCAGACUUCUCCCAGAACUUGUUGAAGGCACAAACUCUGGCCCGACAGGGGGGCGACAUUCUGAUCGAAUGCAAGCCUAGGAUGUCACCUCGAGGCGUGAUUUCUUGGAGGAAGGGGAAGGAAGCCCUCCGAGAGAGCCACAGAGUAACUGUGUUGGAUAGUGGGAGCCUUCGGAUUUCCAAUGUCACUAAAGUGGAUGCUGGAAUCUACACGUGUGUGGCCAGAAACCAGUUUGGAGUAGCGAGCAGUGCAGGCAGCCUUUUGGUUAAAGAGCCAACUGCAAUCACCAGCCCAGCAGGUCAUCUGGACGUGACAGUGGGGGAGAGCAUCGUGCUGCCCUGUCAGGUAUCUCACGACCCCACGCUUGACCUCAAGUUCACCUGGUUCUUCAACGAGCAGCUCAUCCACUUCGGGAGCCAUGGGGCGUAUUUUGAAAAAGUCGGUGGGCGCUCAGCCGGUGACAUCAUGAUUCGGAACAUUCAACUGAGGCAUGCUGGGAAAUAUACCUGCGCCGUUCAGACCAAAGUGGACAGCGUGUCUAUUGCUACUGAUGUGGUAGUGAGAGGCCCCCCCGGCCCCCCUGUGGACUGUCAGGUGAGCGGGAUGACAGAGACCUCUGCCUCGCUGUCCUGGGGACCUGGCAUAGAUAACCACAGUCCCAUCCUCAGCUACACCAUCCAGGCCAGAACGCCCUUCUCUCUCGGGUGGCAAGCAGUUACCACAGUUCCCGAGCUGCUUGGGGGAAAGCAGCUGUCAGCCACUGUCGCUGCCUUGAGUCAAUGGGUGGAGUAUGAGUUCAGAGUCCUGGCAAGCAACAGCAUUGGAACGGGGGAGCCGAGCAAGCCCUCCAAAAAGGCCCGCACCAAAGACACGCUUCCCAGGGUGAUUCCAGGCAGAGUGGACGGUGGUGGUGGUGGGCGUUCGGAGUUGGUCAUCACAUGGGAGCCUGUUCCCGAGGAGCUGCAGAGUGGUCCGGGCUUCGGCUACGUGGUGGCUUUCCGCCCACUCGGGGCACAAGGUUGGAUGCAGGCUGCCGUCACGUCCCCAGAUGCCUCCAGAUACGUCUUCAAGAAUGAGAGCAUCCCUCCCUUCUCCCCUUACCAAGUCAAAGUCGGGGUUUAUAACAACAAGGGAGAAGGCCCUAUUAGCCCAGUGACCACCAUUCACUCAGCGGAGGAAGAGCCCAGCAGAGCUCCAGGGAGACUGAGGGUGAGGAGCGUAUCAGCGUCCGAGGUAGAGGUCACCUGGAGGCCACUGGCCUGGAGUAACAACCGCAGACGCAUCCUGGGCUAUGAGCUGAGGUACUGGCGUGAGAGGGAGAAGCAGGACACAGCCAGUGUGGUCAGGACGGUGGGGAAUAAGACUUCAGUUCUCAUCAGGGAUCUGGAGGGCAGCAGUACCUAUUACAUUUCCCUGCAGGCAUACAACAGCGCUGGAGUGGGUCCACAGAGCAUCAUAGUCAAUGUCACAACUAAGAAACCACCUCCUAGUCAAGCCCCGGUCAAAAUAAUGUGGAACACCUCCAAUUCCAAAGUCAUCCUGAAGUGGGACCAAGUUCAUGCUCUGGAGAACGAGUCAGAGGUCACAGGAUAUAAGGUGAUGUACAGCCAGGACAAACACAGCCUUCCCAGUGUGGUGGAGACCAACACCACCUCCUUGGAGCUGUCGCUGCCGGUCAACCAAGACUAUGUCAUCCAGAUUAAACCCUUCAGUGAGGGAGGGGAAGGCAUCAGCAGCCGCCAGAUAACCAUCCCCAAGAUAACAGGCCCCGUAGCCACUGGUGCAGCCCCCGAGGCCGCUGCAUUUCCCUUGGUUAACCUUGCGGCCCUAAUCCUCACAGCCACGGCCAUGCUAUGA